AUCACCAGGAAAUUCUAAAAAAAAGACGAGAAAAACAUGUUAGUAACAAAAGGAGAGGGCGAUCUUUCGAUAAUUUUAGUGAAAAAACUAAAAGAACCAGAUUACGUCCAAUUACAAGUGAGAAUACUGCAUGUAUUUCAAGUGUUCAAUCAACAACAACGGAAAAAACUGCUGUCCAACGAAAAAGAGAAUGCGGUGUUUAUCAGCAACUUAACGACAAUCAUUCGAAGAAAAGGCGAAUUCAUUCAGCCAAACGCUCAACAAGAUCCAUGAGGAUUAGUGGAAUAAAGGACAGGGGCAGGUGGCUGACUGAAGACAGUAAUGCCCAAGUCAUUAUGUUUAUAAAAAUACCAAACUCAAGUGAACCAACCUUUCACACCUUUGUGUCAGGGGCCGAAGCAGCUGCCCUCCUUGCCACAGAGCAAGGGCAAUCAUUUAGAAGAAAAUUCAAGGGGGAUUUUGAAGAAACUGAAAAAGGGUUCUGUGACAGCCAGGGAAAUGGUGAAAGAUUAAGCACAAACAAUUCUUUACCAGUUGUAGUCAUUGCAGCGGAAUCUUUAUCCACCAGUUCAGUGAAUAACAGUAGUGUCCCAUCAACAACAAAUCCUGCUGUGGAGAAAAGUGUGAAUGCGGGCCGUAAACGGGCCGAGAGCACACGUACAAGAGACUCAAGUACGAACAAUUCUUUACCAGUCAAUGCAGCGGAAUCUGUAGGCCUAUCCACUAGUUCAACGGAUGACAGUUAUUGUGUGUCAAGCAAUCCUGCAGGCUUAAUCAAUGCCGCUCAUCAAGCUGAUGUUCGUUCCAUUCCAUCCACAGUUUGCACUACGAGCCAAGUUGUGAAUUGUAGCCAAGGUAUACGGACGAUUCGGCAAAUUUGA